AUGUUUUGCAGUCCUGAUUGGGGUUCUGGAAUUUCAUCGUGCGUGCUGCGCUGCAGAUUUUCAUCAAUGGCCCGUGUGUCACGGAUGAGGCACCUCUUCUGCCUAGCAGUCUGUUUCCUCCUGGUUCUACCAAGAACCUUUGUGGCGCCUCCGUGGCGUGGGGCACGGCAGACAAUGGCACUUGCGUCAGCCGCAUCAGCUUACAGGCCGCAAAUUGUCCGCAGGGCCCUGGAUGCAGAAGCUCUCGAUGCUUCCACCGUGGCUGUCGGGGCGGCAGUGACAGCAGCCUUUGCCUUUGCGGCCUUUCAAGCAUUCCAGGGCCAGCGCCGGAGUGCGUUGAAGCAGGAGCUCCUAUCAGCUGUUGGAGGCUCGGAGCGGGGAGCUGACCAGACUGAGAACAGUCGCAUUGAGAGACUCUUUGCGGAGUUAGAAGCUUUGAAUCCCACGUCUGAGCCGCUGGCGAGCGCGCAGCUAAAGGGCGACUGGGAACUGCUUUGGACGACAAGUGACUCCAUCCUGGGCCUUGGGCGGCCACCUUUCUUUCGGCCUCAGCAAGACCAGCCCAUUCUGCAAUACCUGGACCCCACAGGUGGCGUGGCCCGGAACUUGGAGUUCACACCCCUAGGCCCAAACCGCGUCGAUGCGGAGAUCCUCCCACUGGGACCAGAGCAGCGUGAAGCCUUCGUCUCCCGUUUGGAUGACUUCCUCCUGUUCAAGCAGGGCGCAGAGGAAAGUCCUGGAGGGACCUACCUGCCUCAAGUGGAGGGCCUGGAGAAGACAACUGUUGGAGUCCGCUUCAAGGUCUUUACGCUCUUCGGCCUUCUGCCCAUUCAGGCACCUGAUUCUGCCACAGGCAUCCUCCAGGUAACUUAUCUUGAUGAUGACCUGCGGCUCAGCCGUGGGGACCGUGGAAAUCUUUUCGUCCUCCGCAAGGUGAGCUCAGAGAUGAGCAAGUGA